AUGUCAGCGUCUUCAUUUUCUUCUCCGUCUGAAAUUUUAUGCUCAUGUGGAGAGAAGGCGCAAUUGAGGACUUCGAAGACGAGUACGAAUCCAGGGAAAAGAUUCCAUGGUUGUAAGAAAUGGAAGCAAGGAGGGUGCGAAUUUUUCAUGUGGGCCGAACCAACUUCUCAAAUCAACUCAGCAACUUCAUCAGGUAUGAAUAAUCAAGAUUUGGCUCAUGAAUCUGAAAUGAAGAUUGUGUUGCUGGAGGCUGAAGUGAAAGUUCUGAAGAUGAAGAUUUCAAUGCUUGAAGAUUCCAAUGGAAAAUUUGAUUCUCAAAUGAAAAUGAUGAUGGACAAGAUUAAGAGAAUUCACUUGUUUAUUCUUGGUAUUUGUUUUGGUUUGACCUUAUGUUUUUUAGUGAAGUAG